GCAGAUGUCAAUGUAGGCACGGGGGAAAUAACUUCGGUUACGGGUCGCCUCGAUAUUCAGUCCGAUGACCUGAAGUCGGCUCUGGCCGGUGGUUGUCGGGUACAAUCAGCCUCCCUGUCGGCCUGCAAUGUCGCCGUCUCUUGGCAAGGCUGUACCUCUCAAGCUUGACUUUCCCAUCCCGGUUGCGGAAUCCGGGUGCAAGAUUCGAAUCGCUCGCAAGUCAUCUUACGUCGAACUUGUUGCUCCCAUGGAUACGGAUGCAUGGAAGAGCUCUCCUGCGUUGCUGUAUCCCGUGCUCCUCAACGGACAUAGCCCGACCGCCUGGAACAUGCCCUAUCUCAACCUACACAAUCUCCCAAUCCUCGACGUCUCACAGCACGACAAAAUGCAGUGGCUGAUCACACAUGCCUUGAUCUUAGUUUCCCUCACCGCUCUUGCUUGUUGCGCCUUGAGAUGGAAGCCUGUUUUCCUUUCCAGCUAUUGCUUUCUCAUUCCGUCUUAACUAAUGCAAAUUGAUGUUAUCGUC